GCCUGACAACCUCACAACAUCAAGACCAACACCGUGACGCCAACAUGCGGUCAUUGGGAACAUUUCUGUCUCGAGCCAUGGCAGAUACGUUCAGGAAGCAUAUGAAGUGACAGGCCGUGGCUCCCAUCCCUUGCUGCUGAAAAUAUAAAUUGUUACUUCUCAGAGAGGCCAGCCAUGAGGUUUGACAUUCCUGUCAAAACAAUGUGGGUGACAUGGUUUGGCUCAAGACUUGGUGCUGCCACCUGUAUUGGUACUCAGCAUGUUGCUUGGAUACUGCACCACCAUUCCAGUAGCUACUGCCUGCCACAUGUUGCUUCCACAGCCUACAGUCGAUUGAGUGAUAGAAAAGUUACUUCUUUCUCUAGAAGUGCAUUUACUUUAUUCACAAACAGGAUUCAUAAAAGACAUUAUGGUAUAGGCACAGAUGGUGAUAGUGACGAUGACAUAAUGAGUGAUUCUGAAUUUGAAAGUAGUGGUUUUUUCAGAAGAAAAAUACAGGAAAAGGAUCAGUUGGAACCAUUGCGUGUUAAUUUAUACCCAGGCUCAAAUGAUGAUAUUAUAAAAAAGAUUAAUGAAGCUAAUAGUGUGCAAGAAGUGUUUGACCAGAUAGAGAGGUGUGGCAACCACCCAAGUGCUGAGCAUCUGAGUCAGGCUAUUGUAACGCUGUGGGAUCUCCAGAAGGUGUAUGGAAGAUAUGGUUAUGAUUGUUUUAUGAUUACCAAAAAUGAAAUUAAUCAAUUUUUAGAAAAAAUUUUGAGUCAUCCCAUGUUUGAAAAGAUAAGUGUGUGUUUGAUGGCAGUUUGUGAAGAUCUGAAUAACAGUGCACUUUCAUCAAUGCUGCUUUAUCUUAGUAAAUUGGGAGUUAGUAACCAGUCACCUGUCAUGCAGAAACUUACAUUAGUUUGCAUGGAGAGGAUGGAUAGCUUCAACCUGACUGCCUUGUCAAGACUUUCUGUUUAUUUACGUGAUCAAGGAAUUAAAGCAUUUUUUAUACAGUCAAAACUGCUUCCUCUGAUAGCAAGUAAACUUGAUGAAUGCUUGGAAGCUGAUGAAUUCUAUUUGAUGAGCAUAUGCUUUAAUAGUACCAAGAGGCUCAUUACAAGGCCACUCCUAGAAAAAUAUCUUGCUUUAGUUCAGAAAAAAAUAAAUGAAGGAUUUUUUGAAACAUGUGAUCCUAGAGUUACAUUGAAAGUAAUAAAGGUGCUUGAUUAUCCAGAGUUUUCAUCACGGCACAAACUUACUCAGCCUCUGAUGUUGUGUCUAGGAGAGAACUUCCACUCACUCUCUAUUGUGCAGGUCAUGGAUCUGAGCAACUACUUCCACAGUAUCCGGGAACCUCUUGACAUAUUCAAGAAGAUAUGUCAGUACUCUGUUAAUAUAAUUUCAGAAGCUAAAAUAUCUGGUGGAAGGCCAGAUAUAUUGUGUUUGGCUCCCUUUACUUCAGUAAAGAUGAGAAAUUACUUUGAAAGGCUGAUAGUUGAACAGUUGGAUGAGAAAGAUUUUCAUGAAUACAUUAUGGUUAUUUUCAAGGCCUUGAGAUAUUUCAAAACAUCUAAUCCUAAACUUUGUGACGCUUUCUGGAUCAAGUCUAUGAAUUCAGUAGAAGAGGAAUUGAAAAACAUUCCUCUCCACUUUUUGGGAAUGAAAGAAAUGACCAGGAGGAAAGUAUACCAGCGGUACAUGUACUUUAACAAUAAUCUUGGCGGCACCUACAGAAAUUUUGCUCUGGAGAGGACCAUGUCAACCCUGCUUAUGGAGGAUUUGGAAACUUGCUGUGGAUUAAUGCCCAACAAAGUUGCCAGUAUGGCAGCAUUCAUCAUUGGUUAUUCCUCCAGAGAAGGAAUACCAGAAUCUGUGUAUGAAAAAGUCAUAAGUUGUGGGCCGCAGUUCUCAAUAUAUGACACCAUGUCUAUAUCUCGUGGGAUACAGAUUUCAUUAGCCCUGAAUCGUAAGAACCUGCAGAGAAAAUUGAUGCAGCAGAUUACAACUAUUUGUCGGAUGUUGGAUGCCAGAACUGAAGAGUUUUUGAAGACAGCAAAAUCAUUAACUGAAAUUAUUAACCUUACAAGAGGCUACCUCAACCGUCGUGGAUCCCCAAGAACUUUCACCUUUGACAGAAUCAUAUCUGCCUUUUCCCCUCACCUUGAUGAACUCAACUCGCGCUUUAUAAAAGAAAUCUGUUUAUGUUUUACCACCACAUUAUACUUGGCUCCAGAGAUUCUUGAAGCCAUGAGCAAAUACAUUUUGAAGAACAAGGAGUAUAUAUUGAUAGAUACAAUGGAGGUGGUACUGACAUGUUUCUACUGCAUUGGCUACAAUUCAGAGAAAGUGGAUCAACUCUUGGCAGUCUGCACAAACACCUUCUUGCAAGAGAAUCACCAUAUGAGGGGCCUGAGUAUCUUACAGAUGUGCUUGGCACUGAACAUGUAUGGUCAUCUUCCCUCUGAAGUCAUUCAGAGUGUCUUCAACCUUAAAUUUAUGGAUCAAUUGGAUGAAGAAAUUGAAAAUUGCUAUUCAAAGGCCACCUAUCCGCUGAGAGUGCGGCACAUGCUCAUGGAGCUGAACCGGGCGGUGUGUCUUGAUCAUCCUCAAGAAAAUAUUCCAUGGUUUCAUGAAAAGUAUUGUGAAGAUUUUCUGGAAACAGUUGCUGUGCCAACUUCUGUAUUCCACAGUGAGGUUCACCAAGCCCUAGCCCAACUAGUUGGAGGACCAGAAGUAGUGCGUGCUAAUGUUCACACUCCAUAUUAUUACCUUUUGGAUUUUGAGUUUGUGUUGGAUGAGAGCAAUAAUCCAGUGCCAGUAAAGGAAUAUGCUCCCUCUAUUCCAAGAAAUUCCAAGAGUCAGAAGAAGGUUGCUGUAGAAAACAAACAUGGACAUAGAAGGGUGGCUGUAAUGCUGCGGAGGGAGAAUCACUAUUGCAUUAACAGUCGCCAGCUGCUGGGCCGACACCAGGUGGAGUGCCGCCACCUGGAGCUGAUGGGCUACACAGUGGUGGAGGUGCCUCACUUCAUCUGGUACUCCAUGGCCCAUGCAACACAGGAAGAUAAAAUGCAAUACCUCAAGGAUCUGAUAUUUCCUGCAAGAUAAUGCUUAAUUGUUGUUCAUUUGUAAAACUACCUCAUUUUAAUUAAACUCAGUAUGUUUGGUAAGUAAGAAAAUAUUAUUAUUAUUAUUAUUAUUAUUAUUAUUAUUAUUAUUAUUAUUAUUAUUAUUAUUAUGACAAAAAAAGUGUAGAAUUGUUCUCAUCACAUUUAGAAUAUUUACUGUAUAUCUUUUCUUUUUUAUGAACACUUGUUAAUUAUGUCUGUAAAUGUGUACAUAUUUUUAUACAGAAUAAUUCUUGUAAUGAGAAUUGUAUAUAAAAUUUUACUUGAAACUUA